CGGCGCCUGGCGCAUGCGCCCUGGGGUCGCCUUCAGACAUGCCUCCUCAGCCCUUCCCACGGCCGGAGUUAUCCGUUGCUGAGCUCCGCCUUCUGCGCGUGACAGGAUGGAGGGGCGGAGGAGGAAGAGACAGAGGAAGCAGGAAGUGAGGGCCAAAAAACAAGACCGGAGUCUAAGCGGCUGCUGCCCCGAGCUUAAGAGCCUCCGUCGCCGGGCCUGAGAGGUGCCUCGAUAGCCGCCGCCAUGUCAGCGAUGGAGAAACACCUUUUUAACUUGAAAUUUGCUGCCAAAGAGCUGAACAGAAAUUCCAAAAAGUGCGAUAAAGAAGAAAAGCUUGAAAAAGCUAAAAUUAAGAAGGCAAUUCAGAAAGGAAAUACUGAAGUUGCAAGAAUACAUGCCGAAAAUGCAAUCCGGCAGAAGAAUCAAGCAAUCAACUUCUUGCGCAUGAGUGCUCGGGUGGAUGCCGUGGCUGCGAGGGUUCAGACGGCAGUAACAAUGGGCAAGGUCACAAAGUCAAUGGCUGGAGUGGUUAAAUCUAUGGAUGCUACCUUGAAAACUAUGAACUUGGAAAAGAUUUCUGCUUUGAUGGACAAAUUCGAACAGCAAUUUGAAACCUUAGACGUUCAGACGCAGCAGAUGGAAGACACAAUGAGCAGCACCACCACGCUAACCACACCGCAGAGUCAAGUGGAUCUGCUUCUUCAAGAAAUGGCCGAUGAAGCAGGCCUUGACUUGAAUAUGGAGCUACCUCAAGGACAGACAGGUUCUGUUGGCACGAGUGUGGCUUCAACAGAACAGGAUGAGCUCUCGCAAAGACUGGCUCGCCUUCGUGAUCAAGUGUGAUGGGAGGAAUCCGUUCAGCAGUUCUUCAUGUUUUGUCAAUAGUUCCCCGAUGAUGGCAAGAGCUCUCUGGAUCACACCCUUCCCUUUGGACUGGUUUCAGGGCCAACAUCUUUCUUAGUGUUUCCGGUAGCCCACUUCAUGAUCAGAGGGUCAUCGUACACAUGCCCAUCCAUUCUAUGUCAAUAGUGUCUUGCUGAGGUCACCAUCGCUAGAGUCAGGACUCAAGGAUGUACAGAUAGCUCCUACUGCCGCAUGGCUGGAUGCCGUAAACUGUCGACGGAGUCCUUCUGCUCUCUGCCAGGGACAAACAGGUGAGUCCUUAUGCGGAAGGACGAAAUGGACACCUUUUGACAUUUAGAAUAGGGCAACGUUCAGAAACCAGUUGGAGGAACCUUUCAAUCUAUCAGGGAAUUCUUCUGCUGACUGAAAAUCUUGAGUCUUCAACAAGGGGGCUUCAAAGGCAGAGUCAAGUGAGAAGUUGCUGAAGUGGAAUUCAUCAAUAGGUUUAAGUGUACCAACAAAGGAUUGGUCUGAGCUGACAUGAUCUUCAGUUGCUGCAGGUUUCAGUUAACCGGUUAUCACCAGUUAGAGCCAGGGUGCAUGGUCUCUGUGUGUUGGGUUUGUGAGAUUGAGAAAAAUUGUAUUUAGCAGAGAUAAUAGAGCUUAGCAGUGCCAGAGUAAAAUAAUU